GCAUAAUUAGAUCAUGUUUGCAAUCACUUUCCUCUAAUCAACAAACCACUUUUAAUCACUUUUUUUAACAAUUCAAUGUUGGCACACAUAAAUAACAUUUUCUCUUUUUAAAUCACACAUUCUUUGUUUUCCUCUUUUGUUUCUACUCUCAACCAAUAAUACACUAAAUCUUAUCAUGUUUAAAUUUUUUUCCUAACUUGAAUAAAUAUUCAUUCAUGUUCAUUCUAUUUCUUUGUCAAAAACAACUUCAUAUUUCCAACCUUAAAACCAUGUUUUUUUUUUCAAUUUGCAUUUGAUUUUUCUUCUUCUUCAUGUAUUUGAAUCUUGAAAAUCAACAUUGAGUUGUGAUUCCUUGUUUGUAGUUAUGUGCUCCGAAACAAGUACUCCACCGCGUCUUUCUUUCUCUCAUAAUCUCUCUGAAUUUCAUCUUCAAAAAGAUGUUACUUGCAUAGAAACAUUGUUGUUAGACUCAAAUUCUGAAUUUGAGUUCAACACAUGUAACAUUCUUGAGUUUGAAUCAUCUUCUGCUGAUGAACUUUUCUCUAAUGGUGUGAUUCUUCCGAAAAAACACACUCCUUUUGCGAAAUUUAAUCAUACAAAACUUCCUCCGCGUCCAACAGUUUCAAAUGUUGACAAAACGAAGAAAGAAACUGUUAGAGAGCUGCUAGACGCAAGUUCUAAUAAUACGAAAAAAUCUCAUUCCAAAUCUUUUUGGGGAUUUAGUAGAAGCAAAAGUCUCAAUUGUGAUACCAAGAAGAAUUUGAAUUUUUCUUUACCUCUUUUGUAUAGAAGUAACUCAACCGGUUCAGCCAAAAAGACGAGUUCAAACAAGCAAACAUCAUCGACACGAGCUAAAUCAUCAUCGUCGUCAUCGUUGCAUUCGUGUUCUUCUAUGUUAAAUUUGUAUCCAAUGCAAAAAUCAAAUUCAGGUAAGAGUUAUGGAGGAUCUUAUGGAAAUGGACAUUGGAUUAGUCCUGUUUUGAAUGUUCCAACUCCUUGUGUUUCAAAGGGAAGUGCAAGUUUCUUUAAGUUUGGUUCAUUUUUAAGUGUUGGAAAGGUUAAGAAGAGUAAGAAGUGAUUUUAUUCAUAUGUUAUUUAUUAUCAUCAAAUCAUAUCAUAACAUAUAAUUAAUGUCAUGGUUCCAUUUUCAUCUCUGUUGUUAUAUAUAUUUUUGUUCUGAUCAAUGAAGUUAUGCAUGUGAAUUUCACAUGAUAGUUGUUACUUUAUUUUUCAAAUAAAAAAAUGAUAUGAAUUUUAGUGGUAAUUGAAUUGUCACCUUGAGUUUACACUUCUUUAGUUGUUGAACUUUGACAAUGUGAAUUAAGUAAUGAUAAAGUUCCACUAAUGCAUUGUAAUUAUUUGUGAUAGUUUCCUAAAGAUUUUGAGUAUGAGAAAAGGAAUUUUAUGUA